UCUGAAGGAAGCAACAUGGAGACAGCUGGAAAAGUCAUCAAGUGCAAGGCAGCUGUUGCCUGGGAAGCUGGGAAGCCUCUCUCCAUUGAGGAAGUGGAGGUAGCUCCACCCAAGGCCCAUGAAGUUCGCAUCAAGCUCUUCGCCACGGGAGUGUGUCAUACAGACGCCUACACUCUGAGCGGCAGUGACCCCGAGGGACUCUUCCCCGCCAUCUUGGGCCACGAGGGUGCUGGAACAGUCGAGAGCGUUGGUGAGGGUGUCACCAAAUUCAAGCCAGGUGAUGCUGUCGUCCCGCUCUACGUGCCACAGUGUGGUGAAUGCAAAUUCUGCAAAAACCCCAAGACCAACCUUUGCCAGAAAAUUAGAGUCACCCAGGGCCAGGGCCUGCUCCCCGACAAAACCUCCCGCUUCACUUGCAAGGGAAAGCAAGUGUUCCACUUCAUGGGGACCAGCACCUUCUCGGAGUACACCGUGGUGGCCGACAUCUCUCUGGCCAAGGUGAACGAGAAGGCUCCGCUGGAUAAAGUGUGCCUCCUCGGAUGUGGCAUUUCUACAGGUUACGGUGCUGCUCUGAACACGGCCAAGGUUGAGCCUGGUUCCACAUGUGCCGUCUUUGGCCUCGGAGCUGUCGGCUUGGCUGUUAUUAUGGGCUGCAAGGUUGCUGGGGCAACGAGGAUCAUUGGUGUGGACAUUCUCGCCUCAAAGUUUGACAAAGCCAAGGAGUUUGGAGCCACUGAGUUUGUGAACCCAAAAGACCACAGCAAGCCCAUCCAGGAUGUGCUGGUGGAGAUGACCGACGGGGGCGUGGACUAUUCUUUUGAGUGCAUUGGAAAUGUGAAAACCAUGAGAGCCGCUCUGGAGGCGUGCCAUAAAGGAUGGGGCGAGAGCGUCAUCAUCGGCGUAGCCGGAGCUGGACAGGAGAUCUCGACCAGACCGUUCCAGCUGGUGACGGGCCGAGUGUGGAGGGGCACAGCCUUUGGAGGGUGGAAGAGUGUGGAGAGCGUUCCUAAACUGGUGGAAGACUACCUGAAUAAGAAGCUGAAGGUGGAUGAGUUUGUUACCCACACUCUGCCCUUUGAGAAGAUCAAUGAGGGAUUUGACCUCAUGCACGCUGGAAAGAGUAUCCGCACAGUGCUGACCUUCUGAAGUGCCUAAAACAUUGACUUCCUUCACAUCCGGCCUUUAAACAAUCUCCCUCCAUAGUUGCAGCACUUAAUUUUCUUCUCUGCACUUGUUUUGAUGACUUCACUUUCAGCAUUAGAACAUCAUUCAUCACUUUUAGUAACAGCAAAAGACAUGCUUGAAACAAAAAAGUGUCAUUAAAUUAUUUUCAAAAUUAA